GCCCCUGGUGUGAUAUCUGAUCAUGCUGUGUUUGUUUUCAGUGUUGUACAGGAAAGGACCACCUUUCUACCACGCCAGCUACUCUGUGGUAAUAGAACGGGCCGACGAUGCAUUCAGGGCCUCACCGUUGCGCCCGUUUUCGUGGCGUUCUCUGGCAGCUCUCAGCAGGAUUACCGCCAACGUGUCGAAGGAGCUGAUGCUGUGCUACAUCAUCUAUCCAGCCGACCUAUCAGAGGCUGAGCUGGACUCACCUGUGUGUCUGAGAAAGCUGAAGGUCCAGGCCUGUGAAGAUUCAAGAUGUGCACCGUUCAGACACUGAUGUCAUCAGAUCCUACAUGGUCCAUUCCAUGCAGCAGCUUGGUCGUUCUCCCUGUUGUUCUGACCGUGUCCCACCAGGACGAGACCCUGAAUCACACCCCGAGACAGUCCUGGAGCCAGUGUGGAAGGACCCACGUGACCUUUGAGACGCUGCCUCUGAACCUGAGAGCCCGAUGAGCCGUAGAACAUGGAUGUAGAAGCAGUGGUUGCCAUGGAGCUGAAACCCAGGGUUAGGAGCUGCUUCCAUCCCAACAUUUCGGUUUUUAGGUCAACUUCAUGCAGCUCCACCCCUCAGUAACAGCUGAGGUCAUUAGCGUCCAUCACAGUGAUCAACACUUCAGGAGGAGUGUCAGGGGUCAGUAAAGCUCCUGUUUCAGCAACACUGCCGUAUCGACCUGUUAUCAGGGAUGUUAACAUGUUAGCAUGAGCUACUUAACUAAGAGCAAUUACCCGUUAGCCACGUUAGCCAUCUGCAAAUAAAGAGUGAGACCAGAGCAGAGCAGCCAAUCAGCCGAGCAGAGCUGAUGAGGACUCAUGUGACUCGAUGAAUAGAAGCUCCGCCUCAAUGACCAAGUUGCUAGUAAUGGGGGCGGGGUUUAGGGUUGCCUGCUGGUGAAACACUUUAGUGAUGUAGUUUUGUCU